AUGGAGGAUUCAUUGGAGAAUUGGGUUUCUCAUUUGGAAAUGGAAGAUGAUAUCUUCAAUCAAAGUCAUAACUCAAGUCAUGAGAACCAAGAGUUCAUUAGAGAGAUCCUUGAGCAGCCAAAUUUCUCACCUGAAAGUGAAUGUCCCUCCUUAUAUCAUUGUUCCACAAUCCAAAACAACAACACUACUGCUAUAGGUAUUGUUGAAGGAGGUGCUACUAGCCCCACCAAGAGCAAUUUGUCCUUUGAUGAGACAAGCUCUGAUCAUGGGAAUGGAACCCUUCACAAAAGUAACAGCUCCAACUCCAUCAUGUCUUCUGAAAGAUGUGGCUGUUCUCCAUCCACAUACCUUCUAUCUUUUGAUAACUCAAGUGUUGAACCAAUCAUCCAUGAACCUUCCCCAAAGCAUAAUUCAGCAUUUGGAACCAAAAAAAGGACUAUAGGGAAAGAGGGGUUUGGAUUUGAACCAAGUUUGCUCCAAGCAACAAAGAGGAUUAGAAGGUCAUCUGAAACAAAAGAUCACAUAAUUGCUGAGAGGAAAAGGAGGCAGGAACUGACUCAGAACAUCAUAGCACUCUCAGCAUCCAUACCUGGGUUGAAGAAGAUGGACAAGGCUUAUGUACUUCGUGAAGCUGUCAAUUACACGAAACAACUUCAAGAGCGUGUUAAAGAGCUGGAGAAUCAUAACAAAAAUAAAAGAGUAGAUUCAGCAAUAUGGAUCAGGAAAUCUCAAGCCUCAUCAAAUAAAAGCACCAUCGAUUGUGAAACGAACUCAGAAUCACAACUUGAGGUUGAAGCAAGAGUCCUAGAGAAGGAAGUGCUUAUUGGAAUCCAUUGUGAGAAACAAAAGGACAUAGUGCCCAAAAUACACGUCUUGCUUGAAAAGCUCCAUCUCUCUAUAACCAAUAGUAGUGUAUUACCAUUUGGGACUUCUACUCUUAUAAUCAACAUUAUUGCUCAGAUGGAUGGAGAAUACAGCAUGAGCAUGGAUGACCUAGUGAAAAACCUGAGAGAAGAUCUGUAG